GGCACGCAUAUGCCACUCGUUGCGCGUGCCUGUAAUUUGGGAAGGUGUAUGCAGCGCACGGCCGCGUGUUCACCUUUCCAGGUGGAACUCCGGGAAGAGCUGAGAAAGGGGAACCGAACUGGGACGAUUCGGCCGAGCCGGUUCGGGACAGGUGAAAUUCCCAGCAGGCUAGGAGGCGAUGGAUGCAAGCCUGCACAUCGGACGCAUGAUUGUGGAUCUCAGGAAUACCAAGGAUAUCUAAACACACGCACGCACACAUGCUGGAUAUCCAAUAUCUCGAGUGCAUCUUUCUUUUUGACUAAAAAAAAAAAAACACGAAACAAAUCAGACUAUUUGAUUGACGAUGGCGAGGAGGCAAAGCGCGCCGUCGAUGUGAAAGGAGCACACCGGGCCGCAUAUGCAAUCAGCAUCAUCAGCAUCAUCGUCAUCAUCAUCGUCGUCACACUCAUCAGCAGCGAGAGCAACGAAGAAGCGGCAUCGACAUGAAGGAGAAGUCGAAAACCGCGGCAAGGACUAGACGGGAAAAGGAGAACAGUGAAUUUUAUGAGCUGGCCAAAAUGUUGCCGCUCCCAUCGGCCAUUACGUCGCAGCUGGACAAAGCGUCCAUCAUUCGGUUGACCACCAGCUACCUGAAGAUGAGGAUCGUCUUCCCGCAGGGUUUGGGUGAAGCGUGGGGUCAUACAAAUCGAACGAGACCGUUGGAUAAUCUUGGGCGUGAGCUGGGCUCUCAUCUACUGCAGACAUUGGAUGGCUUUAUAUUCGUUGUGGCUCCGGAUGGGAAAAUAAUGUACAUUUCAGAGACCGCGUCCGUGCACUUAGGACUAUCCCAGGUAGAGUUGACCGGAAACAGUAUUUAUGAAUACGUUCACCCAGCUGAUCACGACGAGAUGACAGCUGUCCUGACGCCACAUCAGCCGUACCACUCACAUUUUGUCCAAGAAUAUGAAGUGGAGCGCUCUUUCUUUCUGAGAAUGAAAUGUGUGUUGGCCAAAAGGAACGCAGGCCUCACCAGUGGUGGAUAUAAGGUGAUCCACUGCAGUGGCUACCUGAAGAUCCGCCAGUACAGCUUGGACAUGGCCCCCUUUGAGGGCUGCUACCAGAACGUGGGCCUGGUGGCAGUGGGGCACUCGCUGCCCCCCAGCGCCGUGACCGAAAUCAAACUGCACAGCAACAUGUUUAUGUUCAGGGCCAGUUUGGACAUGAAGCUCAUCUUCCUGGACUCCAGGGUUGCCGAGCUGACAGGUUAUGAGCCGCAGGACCUGAUUGAGAAAACUCUGUACCAUCACGUACACAGCUGCGACAUCUUCCACCUCCGCUGCGCGCACCACCUCCUGCUGGUAAAGGGCCAAGUCACCACUAAAUAUUACCGUUUCCUGGCCAAGCACGGCGGAUGGGUGUGGGUGCAGAGUUACGCCACCAUCGUCCACAACAGCAGGUCAUCGAGACCCCACUGCAUCGUCAGUGUCAACUACGUCCUCACGGACACGGAAUACAAGGGAAUGCAGCUGUCCCUGGACCAAAUGAGCCCCACCAAGCCGGCUUUUCCUUACACUGACAGCCUCAACGAGGACAGGAAGAGCACAAAGUCACGUCUGACCCAGCCAAAAGCUAAAGUCAGAGUGUCACCCUACCCACAGCAAUUUUCAGCCUUCAAUCCAGAGCGUUCCGAGUCGGACCAAGACAGCCAAUGGGGAGGGAGCCCACUGACGGAGGCCGCCUCGCCUCAAUUGUUGGAUCCCAGCGAGGCCGCAGAGGCAUCGUGCGCCUACCGGCUGUAUCCGGACUCUGGCUCCCUGUGCUACGGCUUGGGUCUCCUGGAAGAGGAUCUCGCCCACGCCCAGACCCGUCCCCUCGCGACCGCCUGCGAUCGGGUUCGAUGUCAGAGCGGACGAUACUUCCUGGGAGCCCCCCAGUCAGGAAGAGAGGUGUGGUGGGAUGCCACGCGCUCCGUGCUGGCCCUUCCGAAACCAUCUGCGGACAACAACGAGGGCUACGAAAUCACGUCCUACCACGCCGCCUUCCACGGACGAGGCCACUGGGAUGAAGACAGCAUCAUGAGCUCGCCGGACGGCGGCGGGUCCACCAGCGAUCCCGGCGAGCGGUACCACGGCGACCAAUUCCAAGCCAGUCCUCGAGAGCCCAGUAAGAUGGAGACCCUAAUCCGCGCCACGCAGCAGAUGAUCAAAGAGGAAGAGAGCCGCCUUCAGCAGCACAAACCGCCGCUCAACGUCUCCAAGACUCACAGUCCAUGUUUCAACUCCUCGCUCCCGCAUCACUCGCAGCUCACCAUGCCCAGCGUGGUGUGCCGAGGCCCCGGCGCCCCGUGCAUCGACCUCCCUUCCGAGCGCCUCCAUCACCGCGUCAAAGUUCCCGGUCCUCUGGACAACGACGACAACACAACCAGUCCCGGCUCCCUCUCUCGCCUCAGCAGCCCCAGUUCUGAUGUCAUCCCCAGGUCCGGUCUUCCCCUCACCAAAGACUACAUGCAGACGGAUCUGUCCCCUCAUCAGUCGCAACCUCAAGGAAGUCCUCUGCUCUAUCCGUCCCAAGAGAGGCAACCUAUGGACAGGCAAGCGGCCUAUGCAUUGACUGGGUAUUCCUUGGAACACCUGUACGACCCGGAGAGUCUCAGGAGUUACUCGGGACUGGCCUGCGGAGGGGUCCAGUACGACGUGGCGUCACACGUGAGGAUGCAGGCCGAGCAGAUGCAGGGACACAAGGCCACCUCUGUGAUUAUCACCAACGGGAGCUGACAAUAUCUGAUGCUGACGGGUCUCGAAAACGAGGAUGCUCCAACCUUGACACUUCAAAAGCACGGGAAGGUGAUUCACGUCGUCGUUCUUGACACUGGAGCGUCCCCCCCCCACCCCCCCAUCACCCACCCUGCCAAGAAAGUUCAUGAACUGAUGCUCACGAAAGCCGAGAGGCAAAGGCAGCCAACUUUCGGUUGCGCUGGAAGGGAAAACAAGCGCGAUUUUGAAUGGCGGCGAACUGAAUUCCCCUUCUUCCCGCAGAGGCGACAAAAGUUCUCGUCUGGUUAAACAUCAAGCCAAUGUUUGCGGCCAACAUGUCUCACGCGCAAUUGGCUUUGUUGGUUAAUCUGUCUUGGAUUUCCAGUGGCCGUAUGAGAAUGUGUCGCUCCGCUGGCUCCCUUUGCCUCCAACGCGCAGAGACGUCGGAGUAAUGGUUUACUCAACAUGGGAAAGGGCGAGCAUCCCCCCCCACACGCCCCCCCUGGUGUAAAAUAUCAAUGGUUCAUUGUAUUUAUUUGUCAGUGGGCUGUUUCAUUAUGUGCCAUCUAGCUCAUGUACGGUGUUUGAAUGGCAGCGGAAACAGCAAGCCGAAUGCUUGUUUGUAAAACCGUUACAACCGACGCAGUCCAAAUAUUGUUCACUUUGAGGGGAAAAAAAAAAAAAAAACGCCACAUUGUUUACAUAUCAGGAUAUAAAUGUCCCGCUGUUUUUUUUUUUUUGUUUUUUUUUUACCUCAUGUAGCAUAAGUACAAUCUGCUUUCAAUCCUGCUUCACAUUUGUUUGUCAGAUCUGAAAAUAGGGCGGAAUGUAUUCUCUUGUUUAAUUUAUAAUGUAAAUAUCUCAUGAUGAAUCUUUGGAGACGAGGGGGAGGAGAUUAUUUAUUGGUUUAAAAAAGUUGUUUGAAUCGGAAUACAGUUUCGAAACAAA